AUGUCGUCUCGCUUCCCGACACUCUCCUCUGUGUUAUCUCUCCAAGCCCGCCGUCGGGCAAGCUGGCCUCUCCGUCUUAUGCCCACCCAAUGUUGCUCUCGAGUCUGCCGCACCCUCUAUACUAGUGAGGGACAUACAUGCCAGUGCUGACGGCCAAUCAAGCUGGCUAUUCUGCAGCCGCCGCCCUCACGAUGUUGACUUGGGAUCUCUUGGUCAACCUUGACGACGAAAUCGAGUAUGUCUGGAGGUGGCCCAAGGGCUGGUUGAAGGGCAUGUACUGCUUCAUCCGGUACCUGCCCUUGAUUGGGGAGACAACAUUCUUCUCCCUGAUACAACGGUUUCAGCGACGUGAGAUGCUCGCGUCUUCCACCUGCUUGAGUAUCGACGUGGCAGAGUACUUCGUGCUCCAAGCCGUCGCCGCGGCCGUUGCAAUCAUCUCUAUUCUCAGAGUGUACGUCCUCUACGAUCGAAGCAAGUGGCUGCUCCUCUUUCUCGCACCGAUCUUCGUAGCAUGUGCGGGGAUCUCAGUCACGGGCAUUGCCAAGUACCGAACCGCGUACACGUUUACCGGAUCGUGUCUCACCACCUACGAACCUGACUUCGUGCUCAUUGGCUGGAUGCUCCCGGUCACUUUUGAGUUGAUCUUGUUCUUACUCGUGUUCUACAAGUUCCUCCAGAACAUCCGUUCGGCAUCACAUCUGGCCGGUCAGCCUGUCUUACUUGUCUUCCUCCGCGACGGCAUCGCGGCGUUCCUCGCGAUCUUCACGGUGACUUGUGUUACUGUGGCCUCGUCGGUCGCUUUCGUCGAGCUGUCCAGCGGCUUCUUCUACUGGAACAUGACCGUGUACUCGAUCGCAGGCUCGCACGUCCUGCUGAACCUGCGCGAAGUCGUCACACGAACGGGGUAUCCCUCCACGAUGGCGUCGAGCACAGAGUCGAACUCGAUAGAGUUCAAAUGUUCUCAGGUCUCCAGGGGGAGCGCAACUCGAGUGAGUGGACGGUGGGCGGGGAGGUCACGGAGGCGUUCGAAUUGAUGGAGAUGGGGGACCGGCAGGCGUCGGGGAGCGGACAGACGCUGGAUGUUAGCUGACGACCAUGUACUGCCAUAGAGGAUAUACGAUGUACGAUGGUGAGGGCACGGUAUGCACAGGGCCGCGGAUCCUCAGAGUUGAGUCUGCGGUGAUGGUCGUCCGCCCUGGCAUGUCGUCGCUCUGUU